GCAUUUUUAAUUUCGAAAGUUUCUCACUGAAAACGCCAAAAGUCGACCGUUGAAAUUUUCACUGCUUCUUCUUCUUCAGUUCUUCUGAAUUACAAAAUCGCUUAUUCAUUUUCUUCUCCUAUUCUGCAUCACGCGAUGCGUAAAUCGAAGAAACCAAAUCCUUCAAAUGCCGUAGAAUCUGUAGAGCGUGGAAAUUGGGAAAAAAUAUUCAGCACUUUGGUUCAGAUGAUGAAGAAUCAGGAAAAGCAGCUUCAAUCAUUCGCUGAUCAACAGAACUUUCUACAAGAUCGCUUAAAAUUGCAGAAUCAACGUUGGGCUUCUGAUAUUCAACGUUAUAAGGAUCAAAUUUCUCAGAUGAAUACGUUUUUGCUUUUUGAAGAGAAGAAACGGUUGCUUGAAGAAGCCAAGGCUGAUUUGAUGAUGGGUUCUAAGCAUAGAGAAGCUUCUAUUUUGAAAUGGGUUUUGGAGAGUACAAAGGAUGAUUUGGAGGAUUUUAAAGCCGGGUUUGAUUACCUUUCUCAAAAAUCCUCGAAUGGAGAAGACCAAGGGACGGCAUUGAAGGAUACUGACAAGAGAAAGAAAGGAACCUCAAGUAGUGGGAAGAAGAAGUCUUCUUCCAAAAUUGCAGAGAAAGAAAAGUGUCCUGAUGAAACCAAAGAUGAACUGAGCAGGGUAAAAGCUGAAUGUGAGAAGCUUGUUGCAGAAAAAGAUUCUGAGUUAUUAGCGCUUUUGCAAGAAAAGAAUUUUGUGUGGAAUCAAUUUAAUAAAAUGGAGACUGACUACACUAAGAAAUUGAGAAGUAAACAAGAAGAAGUAGAAAAGACAAAUGAGAAGAUAAACAUACUUGUUUCUAGCAUGGAAGAAAUGCAGUCUGAAAAUAUUAAAAAGGAUAGUAGAAUAUCAGAGUUAGAAAGUAAAGUGACUGAUAUGGAUGCGGAAACAAAAAGAUUAAACAAGGAAAUAUCAGGACUCUCAACGGAAUUGGAAUCUUUAAGAAAGUUGAAGAGCAGCCACGUUAAACCCUUUUUAAAUCGUUGCACAGCAAGUACUAGUGACUCUGGAAAAGUUGAGAGUAGCAGGAGUAGAAGAAACAACACCUUGAAAAAAGAUAGAGACUCGUUUACUCCUGAUGAACAUGCUUCCACAUCCACAAAUUUCUCAGAAAAGGAGAAAAGAAGCUUGAAGAGGAAAGGAAGCCCAAUUAUUCCCACCACUGAGACUCCCAAACUGUUCUCUUCGAACUUCAAGGUCUUCUCUUCUAGAAAGCAAUCAUCGCAAUCAUGUUCAAAGAGUCAUCGGAAACUAAACUUGGAUGUCUUUUCCUGGGAGGAUUCAAUCGAAUAGUGAUUAGCUGCCUUGUGGUAGAUUAGUCUCUUUGGCCAAAAUAAGGUCUCCUCACCACUUUAACAAGUGUUUUCAGAAAUCAAUCAUGUUUGAUGAGAGUCUCUUUGGCUGGAUUAAAUUCCCACCACUUGGAACUAACAUUAGUGUCAUGUAUAUUUUUGGUCAUGUAGAUUACAGAAGUGUCAUGUAUAGUUUCAUAUUACUGUCCAUUACUCUUGUUGAUGGGAACUUGAAUUGAGCACUUAUAACAAGAUUUGACUGGAAAUGCAGUCCGAGACAGAAGCAAUCA